UUCAAGCAAGUGGAACUACAGACUGGCUUUUCUCCUUUCCUGCCCGCAUGGCUGCUUAGUUCCCUACAAACACAACUUCUGCAAUAGUUAUUAAGUUUUGGCGGCGGCGGCACAGGGGGGUCCCCGCUUGGAAAGGAUGGACCGUUUAUUAAGGACCAGGGGGCGCACGAGAAUAUCGCUGUUUGUGUUGAUCCUACUUCAUUUUACGACGACACAAGCUGCUGAUCCCAUUGAUGUUCUGCGAGUGCUGAAGCUGUCAGAGAACAUGGAGGGGGUGUCCCUGGAGGCUGGUCUCUGCACCAGCAGGAAGGGGAUGGAGGAAUCAGACCUGGCCUACAGGAUAGACAAAAAGAUCCAGCUCAGUGCUCCCACCAAACAGCUUUUUCCUGAUUUCAAAUUUCCCAUGAAUUUCUCCCUGAUGGCUACUGUGCGAGCUAAAAAGGGUUCCCAGUUCUUCCUGCUCUCUGUGUAUGAUGACCAGGGGGUUCAGCAACUUGGGCUCGAAGUGGGCCGCUCACCUGUCUUCUUGUAUGAGGACCAGCAUGGGCAACCAACACCAGACAUGUACCCUAUCUUCAAAAAGAUCAACCUGGCUGAUGGAAAAUGGCAUAGGAUAGCCUACAGUGUGCAGGACAAGUCUGUGACUCUCUACUUGGACUGUCAGAAGGCAGAGACCCUGGAUCUGCUGCGACGGGACAACGCUGUAGUCAGCACAGAGGGUGUCACUGUGUUUGGGACGCGGCUACUGGAUGAAGAUGUAUUUCAGGGGGAUAUUCAACAGCUACUGAUUCAUGAGGACCCCGAGGCUGCUGCUGACUACUGUAUAAACUACAUACCAGACUGUGACUCUGCUUUGCCCUACAACAGCCAAGCCCUGACCCUGCAAGAGAGGUCUGAUGCCUUGAUGCAGAGUGACCAGCCAGGAGAACCAAAAGAGCAAUCCAAAGAGGACAGGAAAGGCAAAAAGAACAAAAAGAAGAGGGACAAGGGCUCUAAGGGCAAAGGCAGACGCAAAGGCAAGGGCAAGAAGAAGGGAUCCCGAAAGAAAAAACAUGAAGAAGAGGGUCUUGAGUAUGGCUUUCUCAGAGUGUCCACAACCCUGCCUGAGUAUCUAUCCCAAGAACCUUUUCAGCCCACUCAGUUGCCAGACUUAAAGAGCACCCUAGAAACUGUCAUUCCCGCUGAAGUCUUCGACAAGACCCUCAUGGAGAUGCCCACACACGAACCUGAUUCAACAAUUGAGGCCCCCACUGUGGUACCCAGUGCAUUGCCUGAAUCAAAGGUCACUGAGGAGGAGGACAUACUAGUGAAGAAGCCAGUAAUGGAGGAGUAUGGAAAUGACCUUUACGGAGACCUCUAUGAUGAUCUCUCAGUUUCCACGGUAACAGUGGGCCCGAAUAUUACAGAAUAUGAGACUCUUGAAUAUGAAGAUUUCAAGAACAACACAGGGUCAGAGUAUGAAGAGUAUGAAAUGUAUGAAGAUGGCUAUGAGUUUGCAGAGCGGGAAAGAGCAGAGACGUGGCAUGGAGAGGCUAGCCUCAUAGCAGAGAAAGGCCAGAAGGGAGAGCCAGCCAUUAUUGAACCGGGUACAUCAGUAGAAGGACCCCCAGGUCCACCAGGGCCACAGGGUCUCACUGGACCAGCUGGACCAACAGGCCCUCCAGGACCCAUGGGAGAUCCUGGUGAAAUGGGUCCCCCAGGACGCCCGGGUCUUGCUGGUGUCGAUGGGAUUCCAGGUCCUCCGGGAACCCUGUUGAUGCUACCUUUCCAGUAUGGAGGUGAUUCCCAAAAGGGACCAGUGGUUUCUCCACAGGAGGCACAAGCACAAGCUAUCCUGCAACAGACGAAGCUGUCACUGAAGGGACCUCCAGGUCCAAUGGGUCUUACAGGGCGACCAGGCCCAGUGGGUAUUCCAGGCACCUCUGGGCUCAAAGGAGACAGUGGAGACAGUGGCCCUACUGGACCACGUGGUUUGCCAGGCCCUCCAGGAAUUAAUGGAAAGUCAGGAAAGAGGGGGCAUGGAGGAAGGGACGGAGGUCGUGGAGCUCCAGGUGAAACAGGCUCGAAGGGUGACAGGGGUUUUGACGGCCUGCCAGGUCUCCCAGGAAACAAGGGACACAGAGGGGACAGAGGAAAGCCUGGUCCUCAUGGGCCUGUUGGAGAGCCAGGAGAAAAGGGGUCUGAUGGACCUGUGGGGCCAAGAGGGCAACCAGGUGAACCUGGUUCUCGGGGUCUUGUUGGGCCAAGGGGGCCACCUGGCCCACCUGGCCAACCGGGUAUCAGUGGAACUGAUGGAGUACAAGGGGCAAAGGGAAACCUGGGUCCAUCUGGAGAAAUAGGGUCCCCAGGUCAACAGGGCAAUCCGGGAGUACAGGGUUUGGCUGGUCCUCAGGGUCCCAUUGGAUUGCCAGGAGAGAAGGGUCCCCAGGGGAAACAAGGCAUGCAGGGACUACCAGGCAUUGAUGGCCCUCCUGGUCACCCAGGAAGAGAGGGCCCCCCAGGAGAGAAAGGCAUGCAAGGUUCACUAGGUCCUCAGGGGCCUAUUGGGUACCCAGGGUCCCGUGGAGUCAAGGGAGCAGAUGGAGUUAGAGGUCCAAAGGGAAGCAAAGGAGAGAAGGGAGAAGAUGGUUUCCCAGGGUUCAAAGGAGACAUGGGCAUCAAGGGAGACAGGGGUGAUAACGGAGCUCCAGGUGCUCGUGGAGAGGAUGGACCAGAGGGGCUGAAGGGCCAAGGAGGACCUUUGGGUGAUCAAGGAGGUCUUGGGAUUGCUGGAGAGAAGGGUAAACUUGGUGUGCCUGGAUUGCCAGGAUACCCAGGACGACAAGGGCCUAAGGGAUCACUUGGCUUCCCUGGUGUGGCAGGGGUCCCAGGAGAGAAAGGACGAAGGGGUCCAGCUGGUCAGCCGGGGUCUGGAGGCCAAAGAGGUCCUAAUGGAGAACGAGGGGAAAGAGGAGCCAGGGGGCCCACUGGAAAGCCUGGAGAAAAGGGUUCUGCUGGACAAGAUGGUUCUCCAGGAUCCCUUGGAGAUCAGGGUCCUCUAGGGCCUCAGGGAAGACAUGGUGAACCAGGGCCUAAAGGACCUAAUGGUCCAACUGGAAAAGAUGGAUUACCAGGUCAUCCAGGCCAGAGAGGGGAAUCAGGCUUCCAAGGCAAGAAUGGACCCCCUGGGCCCCCAGGUGUUGUUGGACCACAGGGUCAAUCUGGUGAGACAGGGCCAACUGGAGAUAGAGGCCAUCCAGGUUCACCCGGACCACCGGGUGAGCAUGGUUUACCAGGAGCAGCUGGAAAGGAGGGUGCCAAGGGAGACCCAGGUCCAUCAGGAUCUUCAGGAAAGAGUGGUCCUGCUGGGCUUCAAGGAUUCAGAGGGAGCAGAGGGAACCCUGGUGCUAUGGGUCCUGCAGGUCUGAAGGGAGGAGAGGGCCUGCCUGGUAUUGCUGGAUCUAUUGGUGCCACUGGAGAGAGGGGCCCUGCUGGGCCGGCUGGUGCUAUUGGCCAGCCAGGACCACCUGGCGGCGUGGGCCCUGCUGGGCCGAUGGGAGAGAAAGGCGAGCCAGGAGAGAAGGGACCUGUGGGACCAGCGGGGCAUGACGGGGAACCAGGACCUCUUGGGCUGCCAGGGGCUGCAGGACCUCCUGGACCUCCAGGAGAGGACGGAGACAAGGGAGAGACGGGAGGACCAGGUCAGAAGGGCAGCAAAGGAGACAAAGGAGAAGCAGGACCACCAGGACCUUAUGGAAGACAAGGACCUAUAGGCCAGCCUGGAUUGACAGGUGCAGAUGGUGAGCCAGGUCCUCGUGGGCAGCAAGGCAUGAAUGGAGCAAAAGGAGAUGAAGGACACAGGGGCUUUAAGGGGGCAUCUGGACCUUCUGGGCUACAGGGAAUGCCAGGACUACCAGGGGAGAAAGGAGAGAGUGGACAUGUUGGCUCGAUGGGGCCUCCAGGACAGCAUGGCCCACGAGGCUCUCAGGGGCCCAUUGGUGGAGAGGGCCCACCUGGAAUGCCUGGUGGAGUUGGUCAGCCUGGACUUGUUGGAGAAAAGGGUGAGGACGGAGAAGCUGGAGACCCUGGAGCAGCUGGAGAGCUUGGCAUUGCUGGUGCUAAAGGUGAAGUGGGGGAGAAGGGUGACUCCGGCCCUCCUGGUGCAGCUGGGCCCCCAGGACCCAGAGGGACACCAGGAGAUGAUGGCCCUAAAGGCAACCUUGGCCCUCUUGGAUUCCCAGGAGAUUCAGGACCCGCUGGAGAACCUGGUGUCAAUGGAUUAGAUGGUGGACCAGGGGCUAAAGGAGACAAUGGGGAUCCUGGCAAUGCAGGACCACCAGGAGCCUCUGGAGAGCCAGGUCCUUCAGGACCUCCUGGGCGCAGGGGUCAUAUAGGUGCUGCAGGAAAAGAAGGGAAGCAAGGAAUGAAGGGAGCCAAGGGGACACCAGGAACCGAGGGUCCGGUAGGGAAGACAGGCCCAGUGGGACCCCAAGGGCAGCCAGGGAGGUCUGGUCCAGAAGGGUUUCGAGGCAUCCCAGGUCCCGCGGGUGAGCAAGGGUUAAAUGGGCCACCAGGACAGACUGGACCAUCAGGACCAAUAGGACCACCAGGACUUCCCGGAUUAAAAGGAGACCCUGGAAAUAAGGGAGAUAAAGGUCAUGGUGGGUUAAUUGGCCUUAUUGGCCCUCCAGGAGAAUCUGGUGAAAAGGGAGACAGAGGCUUGCCAGGAAACCAGGGUACACAAGGACCCAAAGGAGAUGGAGGUGUUUCAGGUGUAGCUGGUCCCACUGGCCCACCAGGACCACCUGGACUGUCAGGUGCAGCUGGUGAGAAAGGGUCGAAAGGAGACAUGGGUGCUGUUGGUACCAGAGGUGAUUCAGGCCCUGCUGGCCCCCCAGGACCUCCAGGACCCCCUGCAAGAAUGGUUCAGCCCCUGCCUAUCAGGGAGGGCAGGCGGAAGAGAAGAAGGGACUCAGAUCGACAGACAGGAGGGGCAGGCCCAUCCAGGGAAGAGGAUGUGGAUCUGGAUAUAGAAGAGUUCCUCCAGGGAGAUCAGCCUCUAGAGGAUCCUGAGGGAAUGGAAGAAGUCUUUGCCACCUUGUCUUCCAUGAAAACCGAAGUGGAGCUCAUGAGGAGGCCCCUGGGAACCUUUGAGAGCCCUGCCCGCACCUGCAAAGAGCUCAUGAUGGUCCAACCUCACUACAAAGAUGGAGACUAUUGGAUAGAUCCUAACCAAGGUUGUCACAGAGAUUCCAUCAAGGUCUACUGUAACUUCACAGCUGAUGGAGAUACCUGUCUCCACCCUGACAAGAAGAUUGAAAUGGUGAAAUUAGCAGCGUGGAACAAAGAGAAGCCAGGAAGCUGGUACAGCCAAUACAGGAAAGGCAAGCAGUUCUCCUACAUUGACAUGGAUGGAACCCCUGUGCAUGUGGUUCAACUGACCUUCCUGAAACUACUGAGUGCCACAGCAAAACAGAGAUUCACCUACACCUGCCAGAACUCGGCAGGCUGGUUUGACAGCACAUCACGGUCCUACCAGCAUGCCCUCCGCUUCCGGGGCAGCAAUUAUGAGGAACUGACACAAGCCAAAAGCCCCUUCAUCCAUGCAGUGCAUGAUGGAUGCCAGCUCCGCAAAGGUCAGGAAAGGACUGUUCUAGAGAUUGACUCCCCCUCGGCAGAUUUGCUCCCUCUUAUAGAUGUGGCUUCAGCAGACUUUGGCAACAGCAACCAGAAGUUUGGAUUCGAAGUUGGACAAGUAUGCUUCAGUGGUUAGCACCUUGCCAACAACACACACACUAAAGAAGUGCACAGCAGAAAGAAACUGGACUGUUACCGCUGCCCCAAGCAAUAUUUAUUAUAUUAUGUUCCUGUAUGUGGUGGGUUUGUGGUAUUAUUUAAGACUUUUCAUCAGCCAAUGAAACAGGUUCUAUGGCUUUACACCAAGGAUAAUGGCAAGAAAGAGGACAUGCAACAGUUGGAACAAAGCACAUUUACCAAAGGGAAAUAUUCCAAUUAGAUAUUUAAUUUUAAGUGUUUUUUUUCUCUUCACUGUUUGAGUGUGCUAUAAUUGAUCCUUUAAGAAUUACGAGGACUGCACCACUUGACGAUGACCACUUAUAAAUUAGAUGGAUCUGUACAAUCAAAGAAUAGAAAGUGAGACUUUUCAGACCAUGAAUGAACUAGUUGCUACCUAAUGUUUUACAAAGACUGGGACUGAAUAAAUCAGAGACGUCAUCAUACUAAUUUGCAUGCUCCGAUUUCACUAUAAUGAUAAUUGCAUAGCUGUUGUGAACUAGCCUAGCAUAUUAAUUCCACACAAGCACUAUAAUUAAUUUUCUGUGUGGUGGAAUGAUAAAUUGUCCUUUUUUACCCUUCAACUGCAGUUUGUUCAGUGAAUUACCUUGAUUAGUAUUCAAUAGGCGUAGCUAGUUAUUGAACCCAACACUUACUUGAAAGGAUAAGGUUGUUUCCUUUAUUGGACUGCUUCCAUCCUUGGGCUUGAUAAUAAGCUAUUGGGCCCUCCAUGUCUUACACAGUACAGUACUGUAUAUGUCAACAUCCUUUCUCCUGUGUAUGUACCUGUCAUGACAUACCUCAGCAACUAGGUUGGGGAUAUUUCAGGGCAAGAAUUAAGAGCAUUGCUGAUUUAAAUGUUCUCUAGUCUUAAAUGCAGUCCUUUACACCAAGAGACAUUUCACACAUCCUUUGAAUGCUCUUGAAAGCUGCUGACAUAACCUGUUUUCACUUUUCUGCCCCUACUCAGAGGUUUUUAUUUCUCUGUUUUGUUGAUAUGUUGAAUUUUGAACAGAAUGUGUUGCUGUUCAUUUGACAAGAUAUGCUCUUCAGUGGUGCUAAAGAUGAUUCUGUUAUUUUUGUGUCACUGUGUUUGUAUGUCUCUGUGGGCAGGAUUAAAGGACAAGAGAGAGAGAGGGUUAUUGCUCUUUCAGCAGUAAGAAACACCCCUCAGAGGCUAGGGACUAGUCUACUGUGUUUUUGCACAUCUUCUGGCUGAUUGUGCCAAUUUCACAGGGCCGAUGAAAAGAGGUUAGGGACAUUUCAGAGCAAUGUGGUUAAUCGCUUUAAAGGGAAAAUCCAAUCUUAAACAGAAUUUACAUUGUGCAUUGUCAGUGAUUUUGGACAGUAAAUUCAGUAUUUAUGUGCAAAAAUAUCAGUCUCCUUAAAGUAGAAAUCACAGUACCAAGACUGGAAAAGAUGAUGUCAUCAGGUGAAAUUUCUUUCUUUAAAAAUGCUUAUU